UUUGCAUUACUGGUGUUUGUGUGACAGUUUAAGUUUCAUUUUCUUUUCUACGGAAAAGGCAGUGGCUCUCUCAUUUUCCGUCUGUCCUGAGCUGCAGCUGCUGGUAACAUCUACUUACAGGAGUUAUGUUCUCGUCUGGUAAAGAAAUACCCAGUGGCUUUAGCUUUGGACUUGCAGCAAGUACAACCAAACCCUCAAGUUCUAAUGGAUUGACAACACUCACAGCAGCUCCAACUACUUCAGUCCCUCCUGCUUUCGGCACAACAACUCUCACCAGAGAUGAUAACAGCGAAGUCACAAAUAGUUCAGAGACAAGGGAACCAAAACCUCAGUUCACAUUCUUGGCCAGGAAGGAGUGGCCAAAGGGGACGACACCCAGGAAGAGUUCAGGAAAAGGCUGUCAGAAUGGAGGUCAACUGAAGUUGGAAUCUCCAUGGAGAAACAUGGACUGGACAGAAGAGCGAAGGACAAGCUUGAUGGAGACAAUCACCUCCUACCGACCGAGCUGCGGGGAGGUGCCUCAGGCCCGGGUUCUCCUCCUGGGCCCGGUCAGUUCUGGAAAGUCGAGCUUCAUCAGUUCAGUCCAGUCUGUGUUUAAUGGAAGAGUCACCAACCGGGCCAUGGUGGGCUCCUUCUCAUCCGGUUUUACCAAAAAGCUGCAGUCCUUCAACAUUCGGGGUAAGAAGGAUGAGGAUCAUACUGGGCUGGUGCUGUGUGAUACCAUGGGUAUGAGUGAAGACGGGAUGACCGGACUGACUCUUCAUGACAUCCUGUCAGUCGUUAAAGGCCAUGUUCCUGAAGGACACAAGUUUAGCCCAGACCAGCCAGUCUCCGCCUCAGAAACUGUGGGCUAUGUGAAGAGGCCGAGCCUUAAAGACAAAGUCCACUGUGUUGCCUUUGUGGUGGACGCCUCAAAAAUCACAACUUACCCCAAAGGCCUGAGCACCACAUUUAAACAGCUCAGAAAGCACAUCAGUGACCUGGGUGUUCACCAGGUGGCGCUGCUCAGCCACGUGGACCAAGUUUGUUUGCAAACAGCCAAAGAUGUCACUGGUGUUUAUGAGAGCCGCACAAUUCAGGAUGUGAUGGGUAAAGCCGCCGCUCUGUUGGGCAUGUCCACCUCCUACAUCGUUCCAGUGAAAAACUACUCAUCAGAGCUGGACCUGGAUGUAAACACAGAUGUGCUGCUUCUCAGUGCUGUUGAUCACAUCCUGCAGUAUGCUGACCUGUAUUUCCAGGACAACGCACCACAGAACAAAGAGCUCAAGACAGUCCUGGAGCUCUGAUUUCGGAGCAUUUAGAUUAGGAGCAUCAUUUAAUUGUUCCUGUUUCAACGUGUUAGAGAAGAGAGGUUUCAUUUGUAACAAAAACUUGUGUUUCAGGGUUUUUUUGACAUUUAAAAAAAUAAAAAAGGUGUAAAGCACAUCAACAUGCUACACAUAGGAACCUUAAACAAUCUUUUGUUUUUGAUAAAACUAUGAUUCUACGCUUUACGUUCUGUAUGUGAGACAGAUUUCUUUUUAAUCAGUCUUUGGGCUUCUUUAUUAAAACUUUUUACAUUCACCAA